UGCGCGGGUAGCGAAUGGUUCCGGCCCGGGUGCGCGUUUCCGACGGGGCAGGGUUGAGCAACGCGCCGUGCCGGUUCUGGUCUGGUGCCCGGCGCUGACGGUGGCAGAGGCGCUGAGAAGGGGAGACGGCCACGCCAGGUUCUCCUUCUCCAGUCUGUUGCUGCAGCUAUUUUGAAUCUGCUGGAUAAAAUACUUUAUAUUGUGAAUAAAAAGGAUAAUUUACACUCCUGAAAAAAUGGCGGACAUUCAGAACUGUGACUCUUGCCCUUCAAGUCCACUUGAGCUGUUUGAAAGAGUGACUGCACAAGGAGAAAAAGUCAGAUCACUGAAAGCAGGGAAAGCAUCAACGGAUGAAAUUGAUGCAGCAGUGAAGCUGUUAUUGUCAUUAAAAGUGACUUAUAAAACAGCAACAGGACAAGAUUACAAGGCUGGUUCUCCUCCAGUCAAUUUCUCACCAGUAAGCAAUAAUGGUCCAACUACUACACAGGAUGAGGAUUUUGUAGACCCUUGGACAGUGCAGACAUCCAAUGCGAAAGGCAUAGACUACGACAAACUUAUAGUUCGAUUUGGAAGCAGUAAAAUUGAUAAAGAGCUAAUCAAUCGAAUAGAGAGAGUUACUGGAAAAACACCUCACCACUUUCUGCGCAGAGGCAUCUUUUUUUCUCAUAGAGAUAUGAACCAAAUUCUUGAUGCAUAUGAAAAUAAGAAGCCCUUUUACCUUUAUACAGGUAGAGGCCCCUCCUCAGAGGCAAUGCAUGUUGGUCAUCUUAUCCCAUUUAUUUUCACAAAGUGGCUGCAAGAAGUAUUUAAUGUUCCCUUGGUUAUACAGUUGACUGAUGAUGAGAAAUACCUGUGGAAAGAUCUGACAAUUGAGAAAGCUUAUGAAUAUGCUAUAGAAAAUGCAAAGGACAUCAUAGCCUGUGGUUUUGACAUCAAUAAAACCUUUAUCUUUUCUGAUCUUGACUACUUGGGGAUGAGUUCAGGAUUCUACAAGAAUGUUGUAAAGGUUCAGAAGCAUGUUACAUUUAACCAAGUGAAGGGAAUCUUUGGCUUUACAGACAGUGAUUGCAUUGGAAAGAUCAGCUUUCCUGCUAUCCAAGCUGCUCCAUCCUUUAGCUCAUCAUUUCCACAAAUCUUCAAGGACAAGAAAGACAUUCAGUGUCUUAUCCCAUGUGCCAUUGAUCAGGAUCCUUAUUUUAGAAUGACAAGGGAUGUAGCUCCGAGGAUUGGAUAUCUUAAACCAGCCUUAUUGCAUUCGAUCUUCUUCCCAGCGCUGCAAGGAGCACAGACAAAAAUGAGUGCUAGUGACCCCAACUCCUCCAUCUUCCUCACUGACACACCCAAGCAGAUCAAGACAAAGAUCAACAAGCAUGCCUUCUCUGGAGGUAAAGAUACUAUUGAAGAACACAGGAAGUAUGGGGGUAACUGUGAGGUUGAUGUCUCUUACAUGUAUCUCACCUUCUUCCUUGAAGAUGAUGACGAACUUGAAAAAAUGAAGCAGGCUUACACAAGCGGAGCACUGCUCACAGGAGAGCUAAAGAAGGUGCUUAUUGAAACACUACAGCCCUUGGUAGCAGCUCAUCAGCAGAGACGCAAACAGAUCACAGAUGAAAUGGUGAAACAAUUUAUGACUCCACGGAAACUGGCAUUCGAUUUUUAAUGAUGUAGAUGUAAUUUAUCAAUAGGUAGGAAAUAGACUGAAUUGUCAUCACUCCUUAAUUAUGCAAAGGCUGCAAUCAGUGCUUUAUAAAUGUUGCUCUUAACAAGCUAUUUGCAGUGUACGAUCAGUGACUAUUUGGAAGAAUUGUUAAGACAUUAUUCAGAUCUGUAUUUAAAAAACCAAAACUUGUUAGGUGAGGUAUCAAUUUCAUUGUAACACAAAUGACAGCUGCCAGAUUCUUUGGCGAACCAUGUUAGUUAGCAGAGGACCCUAUUACUGUACUUAAGUUGAAAAUACUAAAAUAUAAUAAUAAAAUUUCUAUUGUAAUGCCAAA